GCGCGGAAAAUAAAAAAGCAAAGAGAGUUCUCAAAGGUCAUCAACCAUGGCGUUGUUCGCAGUUUCUCCCUCCGUCUUCGUCGCCGCUGCUCCACGGCUCCACCUUAAUCCAUGGAGGAUCAACUCCUAUCCCUCCUCUUCUUUGCUCUCUAGAGCUUACUCUCCCGCCACCGCCAGCUCCAUCACUGGAGCCCCUUCUCAUUCCAAGCAAAACCCUUGUUCUAUCGUUCGUUGCUCUAGAUCUGUGAGAUGUGGGGCGUUGGGAGAGGGUUCCCAGCAGAGCUUUGAUGACACGGUCUAUCAAGGGUUUUAUGGACCAUGGACUGUUGAUUCUUCAGAUGUUCGUGAGGUGGUGUUAUAUAGGUCUGGAUUAGUGACUGCUGUAACAGCAUUUGUGAUUGCCGCAUCUUCUGCUUUUCUGCCUGAAGGGAAUGUGGUGGCAGAUGUUAUCAAGCAAGAUAUUGAUUUAUUGUAUGUUUUUGGAGCAGGAGGUCUUGGAUUGUCAUUGUAUUUGAUUCAUAUAUAUGUCACUCCAAUUAAGAGGUUCCUUCAGGCAUUGUGGGUGAUUGGUGUGAUUGGAUCUCUGGGAACAUAUCUAACCCUUGCAAGGCCUCUGGAGCAAGGAUUGGUGCAGUAUGUUCUAGACAAUCCUGCUGCUUUGUGGUUUGUUGGGCCUCUCUUCGCAGCUUUAACUGGUCUUGUUUUCAAAGAAGGCCUCUGUUAUGGCAAGUUAGAAGCAGGUGUCCUGACAUUCAUCAUCCCUGGACUGCUUCUUGGUCAUCUGUCAGGUCUGAUGGAUAACCAGGCAAAAUUAAGUCUACUAGGUGUGUGGAUGGCUCUCUUUGUGGUAUUCGCAGCAAGGAAAUUUCAACAACCAAUUAAGGAUGACAUUGGUGACAAAUCCAUAUUCAUGUUCAAUGCUCUUCCUGAGGAGGAAAAGAAUGCAUUGCUUCAGAAACUCGAGGAAAAACGGUCAGAUUAGAAACUUUAAUAAUGUCUGAAUGAGAGGCACUCAAAGCUCUCGGUGUUGAGAGUGUAUAAAAGAGGUACUUGAACUUAUUGGUAUUCCUGUUAAUAUGGUUAAGAGUUGAAACUAAUGGCAUGUAAAUAGCUAUCUCCGAACACUAGAAAGAUGCAUGUAGCUUGUACCAGAGUUCAGUUGUACUUUUUGUGUGUGUGUGUGUUUGUUGCUUUAAUCUUAUGGCUAGACAAGUUUUCUAUUGUAUAAAGGUGGAUUUUCCAAAUUGUAAAUUAUAAAUUGUAUAUUGUUUUGAUUUUUCAUGA